CGGUGCCACCAGGCGGGCCACCGGGUCAUUGCCGUGGACUUCUCCCAGGCGGGUCUGGACAAGACCAUGGCACUGGUGGCGGCCCGCGGCGGCGGAUCCGCCGCCGCCCUCGUCAAGCCCGUGCUGGCCGACAUGACGGCCUGGUCUCCCCCGGGGGGGCCGGGCAGUGUGGACGCGGUGGUGCUGUCGUUCUGCCACAUGCGGGCGGACGACCGACCCAAGGUCAUGGCGGCGGUGGUGGAGUGGCUCAAGCCGGGCGGCCUGCUCAUCCAGGAGGUGUUCCACCCCAACCAGGUGCACAAGGGCUACCGGGAGACGUCGGGCGGGCCGCACGACCCCACCAUGAUGGUAGAGCUCAAGGAGCUGCGGGAGCAGCUGGGUGACAAGGGUGGUGAGGAGCUGGAGGGCGAGGAGCUGGAGUACGUGCUGGAGGAGGGCAAACUGCACAGCGGCAUGGGCUCCGUCACCCGGUACGUCUGGCGCAAAGACGCCGCCUCCUGAGCAAUGCCGGGGGUCGCGGCGGUGAUGGAUGAGGGUCUAGGGGUAAAGCAACAGAAUGGGCCAGGCGUGGUAGGAUGCUGUAGGGGUUACUGGAGUAGCGAACUGCAAUUGUUUUGUGGCUGGCACACCGUUACGCAUUAGUUCCGCAACACACGUCAAUAACCGUUGCCAUCAGGCUGCGUCGGGGUAUUCUCGCUUGAAACUGAUGGGAGUGAAGCACAAUUUCGCGGACAGGAGUCGCAGGAUGUUGUGUAGGCGCACGAUGUGGCAUCUGCACCAGUGAGCAUGGCUGGCAUUCGAUUGUGUACUGGACACUUGUUGACUUGGAGGUGGAGCUGGCGGUGGUCUAGGGCGGAAAUGCGGGGCGUGCCUACACUGGCGUGUUGCAGCAACGCCACAGGUGUGUGCUAGCCUCCAGGCCUCUCCAACGUUGUGCUCGCUGGCUUCUUCGGCUUCGCAUUGUCUUAGAAGCAUGCUCGAUGUAGGAUGGCGUUGGGUUGGGAUUAGCCUUGUCAGGCUCACACAAGCACGAUGGGUGCUGGCGCUGCUAUGGCUACGGUGGAGCAAUAGAAGAGCCGCAGAUUUAGCGGUCAGGGCAAGCAGCAGGACAACUGCAAGCGUGGGGCCAUUGAUUUGGUACUAACGGCUGUCUGGUGCGAGACUUCGAGCACCCAGAACCCCUGCAUACAGUGACAUCGCCUAAUCCCACCUUGGCGCCACUGAACCGGCAACUCUUCA